AUACCUCCCAAAAGAACAAAUGUUGUUCAUAAAGUUAAAAUCUACAGUUUAGAGUUGAAGCGUUUGGGAGUACCAACAAUGAUCUCUGGUGGCAUUCAUCAGCACGGCAAUGAGAAGCUUCGAUUUCUCGUUCUGCCGAAGUACGCAACGUCAUUAGAGGCGAUCCGGGAAAAAAGAAAAACAUUCACACAAAGUGAGGUGUGGAUGAUUGCGCGCUGUAUGAUGGAGAGCCUCGAGUACAUCCAUUCGAAGAACUACACUCAUGCUGACAUAAAAGCUGCAAAUAUACUGCUAGAGAAAGCGGACGAUUUCUCAACAAGUGUGCUUGCUGACUAUGGCCUAGCUCGCAUGUCAAGUAGCAACGAAGACAAGCCCGACAAAAAGAGAGCUCACAAUGGUACCGCCAUUUUUACCUCAUGUGAUGCGCACAGAGGUUGCCAUCCGUCGUAUCGGGGUGACCUAGAAAUACUCGCAUACAAUAUGGUGUACUGGUUGACCGGUUCUUUACCGUGGGAGGCAUAUGAAUCAAGUGCUGAUAAAGUAUAUCAGAUGAAGGAAGCUUUCCUGAAAGGGUUACCCUCGAGUCUGGAUAAGCUUUUGAAGGUUGGGCCUCUGAAUAAAGAAAUUUCGUACAUACAUUUUCCUUCUUAUGAAAUCACUGCCUUUUGUGAGCAAGUGGGCUGUGUUGGCAUACUUAGGCCUAUCACCUCCUCAAUAAAAUCUGUUUUGAUAUUGAUAAAAUACUCUAAUCUUACGACUGUAAUGUUUUCAGGAGCUGCAGCGCGAGUCUCAUCAGACGUCAAACGAAGUCCAAGUAAACUGCGUAAAAUACCGGGAAUGCAAAAUUUUGCCAAAGGUCGACGAUCCAUAGUAAUCGAUCAGGUAUUUUUUAAAUGA